AUGGUUUUAACAAUUAUUCCCAAAGUCAAAAAAGAAACAAGAAAACGUAAACACCAAAAACCUAAGUAUAGAAUGAUUUUUAGAUUAAUUUCAAUAUGAUUAAUAACCAAAUUUAAAUAUAUUUUGUAUAGCAAACCAAAUUCAGCAAAAGAAAAAGAAAGUUGGUUUGUGAAACUUGAUGCACCAUUAAUAAUAAUUAUGACUGCAAGGUUUUUCCUGCAUUCCUUGUUCACAUUACUGACUGCUAUGAAACAUUCAACUACUGGGAACAGGUAAACUUCACUGAACCAUCAUUAUAAUUAGUUCUUAUUGAAGUUUUACUGAUAUUUAAUUAUUUCGUUAUAAUAACGAUUUUCAAACAUGGGAAUAUGCGCCUCCCUACGCUCUUAGAUCACAAUUAUACAUACUUCCUCAUACAGUACCUGUUUAUAUUUGUAUAAAAAAUAUCAUCUUAUUUUACCUAAUAUGGUAUGCACUUGUUUUAUUGAGUUGUUUUUGAGAAUUAUAUUGGUAUAAGUAAUUAUUAAGUAUGUAUUUAAUAUCAAUAAUUAUUUUGUGUUGUUUAUUAUUAGUAGUAAUUAAUUUAUGUUUACUUUCAGGGCUGUAUCUAAAAGUAUAUCAUUUACUGUUGGAUAG